AUGAAGGCCUACGCCAUGCUCGUCUUUCCCGUCCUUGCCCUCGGCGCUGCUACGCCUAAGCCUCAGGUUCCUUCCCUCGACCCUGCCUGUCUUGAGAAUAUCACUAGCAUCUUCGACUGCGUUAGCGAUCUUAAACCUACCAGCACCGUCGGUCUUGCCGAUGUGGUAGUCUGUCUCUCCGAACUCGUAGCUGGUAUCCAACAGUGUAUUCCUGGUCUCCCUGGGGGCCUGCCUUCCGGCCUCCCCACUGGUCUGCCUACUCCUCUCCCCGCUGACACCCCGGUGGUCUUUCUGGAGUCCCUGGGCUUCAUUAAGUCCCUGGUAGCAAAUCAACAGGCUCGCAGACUUUCAUUCACUUGGAGGACGGACUGA